AUGAGCCUUGCGCGUCCCUUCCUCCUCGCCCUCGUCUUCGUCGCGCUGGCCGUCGCCGUCGCCGCUGCCGACCAGCAGCUCGCCAAUGAUCAGGUGGUCGUGCGGGUCCAGGGCCAGUCGGGCAAGAUCACCUUCUGGAUCCCGGAGCGGUCGGACAAGAAGUACACCCUCACCUUCGACUCGCUCUGCGAGGGCAACGAUUGCGUCAACACGUUUGCCUCGCAGCAGUUUGCCUUCUCGACGCCGGCCACGGUCAGAUUCCACAACAUCAGCGCCAAGCUGGUGAGCUUCGACUCGACCCUCGCCACCAAGAAGCAGAGCGGCGUCAAGCUGACGGCCGACCUCUACGUGUUCCUCGAGACGGGCAACUACACGGUGGGCGACCAGACCUUCUACGCCGUCGAGAACGCCUUCAAGUGGUCGGUCAACAUCUCUGGCUGGGUCUUCGCCAACGCCGCCAACAAGCUCGAGCUCGGCAUGGGCCUCCUGCACCCCAGCUACAAGGCCUCAUGGGACGCCGCCAACUACACCCUCUCCUACCCCGGCGAGGACGCAGUGAUCCAGUUCGCCAAGACUGCCACGCACGACGGCAAGACUGAGGAAGCCGUCGCGGUGACCACCAAGGUCAAGGGCUCCAACGUGGACAUCGUCAUGGCCUUCAGCUCGGCCGAGUCCAGCAUCUGGUAUGACCCGCAGGUUACCGUGGCCACCGGCGCCGCUUCAUCGGCCUCGAGCUUCCUCUUCUCCCUCGGGGCUCACCUUCUCUCGCUCCUGAGCUAG